AUGCAGUUCCGCUUCCCCGUCGCCGCCCUCGUCGUGCUCGCCGCCGCCUCUGUGCAGGGCCAGGGCAUCGGCGGUGCCAUUGGCAGCGGCAUUGCCGGCGCCACGUCCGUCUUUGACCAGGCCACCAGCGGUGCGGCCAGCGUCGGCCAGACGAUCGCCACGGGCGCCACCUCGGUCUUCGGCGAGGCGACCAGCGGCGCCGCCAGCGUCGCCACGGGCGUGGCCACGACCAUCGUCAGCGGCGGCUCGUCGAUCGUCUCGACGGUUGCCAGCGGCGGCUCGAGCAUCGUGAGCAGCGCCUCGUCGGCCGCCACGUCUGCCACCUCGUCGGCCGGCCGCACCGACGCCGCCGUGGGCAGCGUCAACGUGCCCAGCAUGUUCGGCCCCGUCGUCAUGCUCGCCGCCGGCCUCGCCGGUGCCGGCGCUGUCCUCCUGUAA